ACAACUCAAUAUUCACAAAUCCUAGUAAUAAUAAUAAUCAUACAUACAUUAUACAUAUUUGAAAAAUGAAGAAUAAUAGGGUUUUGGAGAUGGCUCCUAUUAUAGGUAUCUUUAUAAUUUUGAGUUUGAGUAUUGGGCAAUGUUAUGGAGCAUUGCAAAGUGGUUACUACAACAAAAAAUGCAACAUUACCACCACCACCACCACCGGCUUCUGGCCAUUCAACUCGAAAUCUCAAACAACAACAACGGAAGUGAAUGUUGAGGCCACAAUCAAAGAUGCCGUGAAAUUAGCUUUUGGAAAAGACCGGACUCUUGUGGCCGCACUUCUUCGUAUGCAGUUCCACGAUUGCUUUGUUAAGGGAUGUGAUGCUUCUAUUCUAAUUGAGAAAAAUAAAGAUGGAAGCCUAACUGAGAAGAACGCUGGCCCAAAUAGAAGUGUGAGAGGUUAUGAUGUUAUAGAUGAUAUUAAGAAAGAUUUAGAGAGCAAAUGUCAUCAAGUUGUGUCUUGUGCUGAUAUCAUUGCUAUUGCUACAAGAGAUGCUGUCAACUUAGCAAGUGAAGGAAGAGUGAAUUAUGUUGUGGAAACUGGAAGAUUGGAUGGAAAAGAAUCUAAGCUUACUAAUGUUAAUCUUCCACCUCCAACAAUUUCAGUGGCUAAUUCCAUUAGUGCAUUUCGCCAAAAAGGACUUGACAUCGCCGACAUGGUUUAUCUUCUCGGUGGUCAUACUGUUGGAACAGCACACUGCAGUCUGUUCCAAGAUCGAGUUUACAACUUCAAUGGCAGUGGGAAGCCUGACCCAACAAUGAACUCGACAUUGGUGAACUCUUUGAAAUCAAAGUGUCCUUCAAAAUCGAGUUUCAACAACAUCGUCCCGUUGGACCAAACUAAUGAAGAUAGUUCCUUGGUUGUAGAUAAAUCAUUCUACAACCAAUUAGUAAUGAAGAGAGGAAUUCUCAAGAUUGAUCAAGAUUUAGCCAAUGAUGAAAAAACUAAAGAUGUUGUGAAACAACUAGCCUUUGGGAAUAAUGACUUAUUUGCCCAAAAAUUUGGACAAGCUAUGGUCAAAUUGGGAAGAGUUGAGGUCAUCACUGAUAAAUCUAAGGGUGAGAUUAGAACAUCAUGCAGAGAAUUAAAUUAAUUAUAAUAUUAUUAGUGUUAAUUCAUAUGUUGGGGGAAGAUUAAUGUUUUAAUCCCUUAAUUGUUAUUUGUUUUAUUUAUUGAUAUUAUUAUUGUUUGCUUUAUGUUUCUUUUCUCUAUUUAAUUUGUUGGUAGUAAUUAAAUUGUAUAACUUGAUAUUUUGCAAGUUUUAUCAAAGAAUAUUCAAUAAUAUGAAAUCAUUGUUUUAUGUA